AUGCCCUCGAUCCGCAUAACGGAUGCGCUGUUGCAUGAGGGCUACAGACUCUGCGAAUUGCCUAACACCGAUCACUCAGAGCAACCUUAUGGAAGCCUUGAGAAUAUACAUUUGCUUUUCGGCGAGCAAGGCUCAUGUAACAUCUCGGCGCUUUCUCGAGAUAUGUAUGACGCAGGGUCCCACGCUAACUCAAAUUAUCCGAACUGCCAGCGCUACCCCGACCUGCCAAACAAACAACCGAUUCCCCUGCUGACACUUUCCCUUGCGUUCAACACACUCUUUGCGGCUCUCGCUGCUCUCGACCCGGAUCGUACACCUCCACCCCCACGCCGGGCUACCCAUUGA